UCUGCCUCCUCGAGUGACCGGCGGUGCACGGGGUCCCUCCGAGGAGCCAUCUCCCCUUCUCCUCCCCGCCAGCCGCCGGGGGGGCCGCCAGCACCAUGCGGGCCACCCACCUCCUGCCAGCCUUGCUGCUCCACCAGCUGCUGCUGCUGCCCACCGCCAUCCCCGCGGCAGAGGGCAAAGGCAAAAAGAGAAAUCCUCUUCAUGACUUCAAAAAAACAGGAGAGUUGAUGCUCAUUAAAGUAAACAAAACACUGGAAGUAAAAACGAAGCUGUUAAAUACCACAGAGCAAUGUGCAAAGAGAUGCAGCAGGAACAAGGGCCUUUCCUUCACUUGCAAGGCCUUUGCUUAUGACAGAGUUACAAAACGGUGCCAUUGGUUAUCCUUCAACAGCUUGACAAAUGGUGUGAGAAAGAAGCAAGACCAUGCGUUUGAUCUGUAUGAAAAGAAGGAUUAUGUCAGAAAUUGUAUCAUUGGAAAAGGAGCAGACUAUAAAGGAACAAUAUCUGUUACCAAAAGUGGUAUCCAGUGUCAGGCCUGGAAUUCAAUGAUCCCCCAUGAGCACAGCUUUUUGCCUUCGAGCUAUCGGGGAAAAGACCUGAGGGAAAACUACUGCCGGAACCCCCGAGGGGAAGAGGGGGGGCCGUGGUGCUUCACCACCAGCCCAGAGACGCGCCACGAAGUCUGUGACAUCCCCCUGUGCUCAGAAGUUGAAUGCAUGACCUGCAAUGGAGAGAGUUAUAGGGGGCCAAUGGAUCACACCGAGACAGGCAAGGAGUGUCAGCGCUGGGAUCUUCAGAGACCACACAAGCACAAAUUUCGUCCAGAGAGAUAUCCUGACAAGGGCUUUGAUGAUAAUUACUGCCGCAAUCCUGAUGGCAAGCUGAGACCGUGGUGCUACACUCUUGACCCUAACACCCCCUGGGAGUUCUGUGCAAUUAAAACGUGUGAGGAGAGCGUGGUGAACAGCACAGAGGCGGCAGCCGAGACCACGGCGUGCGUCCGGGGACAGGGCGAGGGCUACCGCGGCACCGUCAGCACCAUAUGGAGCGGGAUCCCGUGCCAGAGGUGGGACUCCCAGUUUCCUCACCAGCACAACAUCACUCCUGAGAACUUCAAAUGCAAGGAUUUGAGGGAGAACUACUGCCGAAAUCCAGAUGGAUCUGAAUCACCCUGGUGCUUUACCACUGACCCAAACAUCCGUAUUGGUUAUUGCUCCCAGAUUCCUAAGUGUGAUGUAUCAAAUGAACAAGAUUGUUAUCGUGGCAAUGGCAAGAGUUACAUGGGGAAUCUAUCCAAGACAAGAUUUGGGCUAACUUGCUCCACAUGGGACAAAAAUAUUGAAGACUUACGUAGGCAUAUACAAAUAUUCAGAGAACCAGAUGUUAGUAAACUGAAGAAAAACUAUUGCCGCAAUCCAGAUGAUGAUUUUCACGGUCCCUGGUGUUACACAGAUGAUCCUCUUGUGCCCUGGGAUUACUGCCCUAUUUCUCGAUGUGAAGGUGAUACAACUCCUACUACAACCACCGUGGAUGAUACUGCCAUUCCUUGUGCCUCAACAAAACAUUUGAGAGUUGUAAAUGGAAUCCCAACACAAACUAACGAAGGAUGGGUGGUUAGUUUGACGUACAGGAAUAAGCAUAUCUGUGGUGGUACUUUGAUAAAAGAAGAGUGGGUUCUUACAGCAAGGCAGUGUUUCCCUUCUCGGUACAAAGAUUUGAAAGACUACAAAGCCUGGCUUGGAGUCCAUAAUAUCAAAGGAAAGGGAGAGGAGAAGCGCAAACAAGUGCGGAACAUCUCCCAGUUGGUAUAUGGCCCUGCAGGGUCAGAUUUGGUCUUACUGAAACUCAGCAGACCUGCUAUAUUGACAAAUUUUGUAGAAAUAAUCCGCUUGCCCAUUUCUGGAUGUACCAUUCCAGAGAAGACCAGCUGCAGUGUUUAUGGAUGGGGAUACACUGGAUUAGUUAACUAUGAUGGCCUUCUCCAAGUAGCAAACCUGUUUAUUUUGGGAAAUGAGAAAUGCAACCAAUAUCUCAAAGGAAAGAUUACUGUGAAUGAGUCUGAAAUAUGUGCUGUGGCUGAAACCGUAGGUGCUGGGCCUUGUGAGCGAGAUUAUGGUGGUCCUUUGGUUUGUGAGCAAAACAGGCUGAAGAUUGUAAUUGGUGUCAUUGUUCCUGGCCGUGGAUGCGCCAUUCGAAAUCGUCCUGGGAUUUUUGUUCGGGUCUCAUAUUAUUCCCGGUGGAUUCACAAGAUUAUGAUGACCUACAGAAAACCCUGAAAAAGUCAACAACUCCCACUGAAAGAUUCUG